CUCCGCGGGAGAUUGUGCAUCAUUGCAGCCGGUAAAAAACAAAUUCUCAGUUCUUGAAUGUUUGAAUGCUGCGUAAUUUUUCAAGCAAUUCUGUUAUAAUGAAUUGCAAGUUGUCGUACCGUAGAACAUUUUUAUAUUUAAUAUAGUUCAGAAUGAGUGUUGAGUCUACAGUUCAAAAUCUGCACGACUGGCUUCAAAAAACAAUGGCUUGGUUCUCAAGUUCUGCAUCUGCUAUGGACCUCCAUACAGCUGUUAUUUGUGCUGGAGUCUUUGUUAUUUCAGCUUUAGUAGUUUAUUUGAUAUCAGUUUUUGGUAUGCGAGAACGAACAUAUGAAGAAGCAAUUGAAGAACAACGGAGACGAAAUCAAGAAGCUAUCCAGCAAGCAAAAACUGAUAAAAAUAAAAAGGAUAAGAAAUUUAAAAAGUGGGGGAAACGGACUAAAGAGAAAUCUGAAGAAGAGCGAAACACAAAUUGUGAAGUUGAAAGUAAAAAUAAUACAAAAGAAAAUGAAGUCAAAGGAAUGGAUCCUGAAGUUAAUUGCUCUCCAGCUAAUCAAAUUUCAGAUAUGAAAUCAUCUGCCAAGAGGAAAGUUCGUCAGCGAAAACAAAUAGUGGCUGAUAAGGGAGAGGAAUGUUCCCAACAGUUAUCCUCAUCUGAAGAGACGGAUGAGUCACCAUCUCCAAAUAGUUCCAUUGAUAAUGUUGUACCAGUAGAAGAAGAAAGAAAGGCAUUAGUGGACAAAAGCUCUGCAUCAAAAGAGGAUUUUAAAAGUUUAACUACAGAUUCUUCUGUUGAGCACCAAGAUAACUUUAGAGAAAAAUCUGAAGAGGUUGAUACCAUGAAAUGCACUAAGAAAUCACCUCAGAAGAAAAACAAAAAAUCCAAAUCAGAUAAUGCUGAAUCAAAUUCUGAAUAUUCUGAAUGGAAUGGAGUUCGGAUUGUAAAUGUGAUAAAAUCUAUUACCUUAACAGAGGAAGAAAUUCAGCAUAUACAUGAUUUAUUAAAUUCAAAACAAAAAGGAGGUGAUAAAAAGAAAAGUGAAAUUGUGGCAUUGAAAAAAAUAAUUCAAGAUAAGGAAGAUUUAUUAAGGGCUGAGCAAAAAUUGAGUCAAGCUGCAAAUGAAAAAAUUAGUGAUCUACUGCAAGAAUUAAGUGAAGAAAAAGCUCGAGCAUCUGCAUCUGAAAAGUCCUUGAGAGAUGCUUUGAACCAAGAACAGCAAGAGAUUAAAGCUUUGCAUGGUAUGAUGCAACGUAAGCGCGAACAAUAUGCAUCAGAAAUUUCAUCCCUUCAAUCUAAAAUGCAGCAAGUGAAAAACAAGCUAAAAGAAGAACAUGCAUUAGCUAUUCAGAGGUUACAAGAAGAAAACAAUCAGCUGCAAUCACUAAAUAGGCUUGAAUCUGAAAAACAACAGCGCAGUACUCUAGACAUUUCUCGUCUUCAGCAUGAAGUGGAGCAGCUGAGAUCAUCUCGUGAAAAAUUUGAAACUCAUCAAGCUGCUAUGCAACAAAAUCAAGAGGAUCUUCACCAUCAAAUUCAGCAGCUGGAGAAACAUAUAGAACAGCUUGUGAGUUCUCACCAAGAAGAUGAAUAUAGUUAUAAACAGAGGAUGAAUGAAAUGAGCAAUAAACUUCAACAAACAGAAAAUGCUCGAUCUUCUUUAGUACAGGAACUGCAAAAUGCUCAGUCAGUGUGUAGCAGUUUGGAAGCUGAUAAUUCUUCUUUGAGACAGCGUUUAGAUGAAGCAAAGCAUCAAAUUAAUAGCACUGAACAGGAUAUAAUUCAGCUGCAAAGCAGAUUAGAGGAAGCAAACAGACAGCAGAGAGAUUUAACUAAUUGUCUGGAGAAAAUGCGUGAUGAGGUAAUGGAUUUAUCUAAUGUCAAGCAUGAACAGUUACAAGUUAUUCAGUCUCUGAAGCAAGAGAAUGAAGCUCUAGCUGCACAGAUAACAAAAAAUAUGGAAAAAAUUGCUGGAGAGGGUUCUGAAGAAAAGCAGCAAAAUGGCGAGGUAUUGGAAAAGUCAAGUUACAUAGAAAUAGAGGAACAUGAAGCAAUUGUUCAAGAAAAAGAAAAUAUGCUUCAUCGCCUUUUUCAAGAAUUAGAUCAGUGUAAGUGCGAAAUUAUGUCAUUGUCAAAUGAUCUUGAAAGAGAAAGGAAACAAAAUGAAGAACUUAUUACUAAAAACAGUGAAUUAGUAGAAGCCUUAGAUGUUACAGAAAAGAAAUUACAGGAUGUUAUUAAAACUGCUGAACGGAAAGUUCAAGAAGCUCAGAUGAAAGCAGAUAACUGUUCAAAUGAAAUUCAGGAUAUUUUAAAUGAGAGAAUAAAGGAAGUCGAGCAUGCUUUGAGAGAAAGCUACACUAAGGAAUUGGAGAGUGUUAGAGAAGAAGCUGAAAAAGUUAAAAAAGAAUCUGAUGAAAGGAUAUUGAUAGCUGAAUCAAAAGCUAAUCUGAGACUAGAAGAAUUUCAAGAAAGUUUGUAUGAAAGACUAAAUAUAUUAAAUUUGGAAUCCGAAGCAAAAAUUAAAGAAGCCUUGGAAGAGAAAGAGCAAAUAAAGUCUGAAUUGGAGAAUUUUCAUCUUUCUUUGAAAACCUUUUUGCAAAAUGUUUUCCCAGAUUUUCAAGUGGUAGAAAGAUUAGAUAAUAAAGCAUUAAGCCAAUAUGAAAGUGAAGCAAAAUGUUAUAUUGAUAAAAUUAGGCAAGACCAAGGAUAUGGUUCUAAAGAUGCAGAAAAUGUGAUUAGAAAGUUGGAAAAUGCAGCCCAAGAAAAAUUGAAUUUACAGUCUCAAAUAAAAAAAUAUGAAACUGUUUUAGCUGAAACGGAAUCUAUCCUAAAGGCUCUGCAAAAUAAUAUUGAAACUGAAGAAAAGAAAUGGAAAAAAGAAAUACAAUCUAAAGAUGAAAGUUUAAAAGAAGUCUUAAGUGAAAAUGAAAAGCUAAAGUUGCAGAAUAAAACUCUGCUGACAAAUUUGGAGCAGCUUCAAGGUCUUAAAGAGGCUUUGUGUGAAAUUGAAGAUCUAAGACAAAGACUGCAAAAAGAAGAAUUGGAAAAGAAAUCACUUCAAGAAAAAUUAGGAGUUUUAGAUUCCUUGACAAAUAAUUCUUCUAUAUCUGUUUCUGAGAAUAAUCUGAUGCAGAUUCCUGAAUCUAAUAUGUUACCUAAUAAAUCAGAAAAAAGAAAAAAGUCCAGGAAACGGGGAGCUUCUGGAAGAAAGUAAGCUUUGCUUCAAGUUACCUAAUCCCUCCAAGAAAGCAUUAUGUUGCAGCUCAGAUGGUGCUUAGUAUAGAUAUCUUCAGUUAUAUGUUUCAUAGCUCCUACAAACCUGCAUUUACAAAAGAAAUUAUAUAUUCUAGAAUUUAAACAGCGAUUAUGUAAGAAUAUGUAAUUAUGAUCUGCCUUUUUCUGUCAUUUUGAUUGACUCACUUUUUAUAGUCUGUGGAAAAAUAUAUGUAGUGUAUAGAGAGGUAAAAUAUGGGAAUGUUAUAUUUAGUAUAGCUUCUGAGAAUUGGAAUUUUCUUUUUUUUUAGCAUGUUGAGUAAGAUUUUUUUUUUUACUACUUAGUUGAUGUGUUUUAUUUCAUUUGUUUUUGCAAUUGAAUUUAUUGUGUAUACAAUAUACCUUUUUAAAUUAAAUUUUUCUCCUUUUCAUAAAACCUACUUUUGUAAUUAUUUUUUUAACUGCCUUUGUUGAAUGAUAUAUUUGAAUAACCCUAAAAAAAAUGCUAAAAACAACUAAAUACCUCUCUGAAAUGAUUAAAGAUUGUUUUAGUAAUAGGUUAUAAAUCUGUCUUGCAACAUUUUAGAUGCUUUGUAACAUACAAGAAAUUAUAUAUUAUGUUUAACUUUUUCUGACUUCUAUUUAUUCUAAUUUAUGGCAUUCUGUCUAGAUAUUUAACUAGGCUGACCAUAUAUCUGCGAGACAGAAAGGGGACAGUGGGACACACAAGGUUGAGUCGUAAUAAAUAAAGGUGAUAUAAAGUGUUUUCUGCUAUAAAUAUGUUGAACCUGUCAUUUUUUGUAGCAGAAUCCAUAUUAAAAUUUAGAUACAUCUAAGGUAAACUGUUUUUUUAGCCAUAGUUGUGUUAUGAAUAUUACUGUGAGGAAAUUUUGGUCUUUCUGAAUCAUUUUAUAAAUCUCUCACAUGCUCUGUAGCUGCAUUUUGUAGACUUAUGUUUUCUUAUACUCUGUAGCUGCAAAAUUUAGCAUAGUUCCAUUGUUUCAGUGCUUGACGUAGAUUUCUUUAUCCACAUACUGUUUAUAAUAGAAAAUUUUCUUUCAACUGACAUUGUGUAUGUUCUGGAUUUAUAGAAUAAAUUUCAUAACACUGCAAAAAAUCUUGAAAAUUACUAUGAUUUUAGCUCAUUUGAGAAAAAAAUCUGUAUCUGUCUGUGAGGUACACGAAAGUUCCUUUAUUCAGCUAGGUACAAUUUUUAUUCAGUUUUUACAAGGCAUUUCACUACCUUAAAAUUUUUAUAAUUCUCUAACUACUGCUGAUAUCACUAUUAAUCAAACAAUCCAACUCUAUUUUCAUCAUAAUGUUAAGACACAGUUAAUAAUGUUAAUACACAGUUACAAAUUAUUAAAAAUAAUAUAUAAUCAUCUAGUACAGUUGUUCUAAACCUUUUUGUUCUGUGCACCCCUUUUACAAUUAAUUAUUAGAAGAAGAAUCAUAUAUAAUAUUAUUAGAUCAUUCCUAUGUGUUCCAAACUCAAAAAAAAGGGGGGGAAUUAUUUUUUAGUGUUUUUGUAAAUUAAACAACAAAAAAAGUAUAGAAAGUGUUGAUAAAUACCAAAACGUGAAUAAAAACAGUUUUUAUGUUCAUCAGACUAAAAAAACUAAAUGCUUAAAUUAAAAGGGUGACUGCAAUUCCACCUAAAGAAUGAAAUUUUUCUCUGGUUGAGAAUCCUUGAUCUAGUAGAAACGUGUAGCUUUUAUUGGAAAAAGGGCAAAGCUGUUAUUAUCAAAAUAUAGGAAUGACAAGGAUAGCUUGAAAAAACUGAUACUGCCUCAUUUAAAAUGUUACAUAUGGUCAGCCUUUGUUUGAAUAUUGUUCUUGUUCAAAUGACUACUUUUCUAAAGAGUGAAAAUUUAAUACAGCUAUUAUGGAGAUUUAUGAUGGUUAUUCAUCUCGUUUUAUUAGGCGUCUGUGAUAUGUAGCACAGAAACAGCUAAAUUGUAUACAUUUUGCUGUGUGAAAAAUUAUUGUAUUUGUCACUGCAAAGAGUUUUGCAUGUUCUAGUCACAUUGGUAUGCAUUUAUUUAGAAAAGAGGGGGACACCUUCCCUUUCCUUCCCCCGAACAAGUUUAACCUACAUUGUUAUUAAAGCAGAAUAGUUUAAUAGUGAACUGGUUUGAUACAAGGAAAGCUGCUAGUGAUUUUAUAUUUUUUGCUGCAUUCAUGCUUUUUCCUUUCCCUAGAUAUAGUAUGUAUACUCAUCAAAAUAUGUAAAUUUAUUUGUUCCUUUUAAAAAAUAAUCAUUGAAAUUGAAACUUUUAUAGAUAAGUAUUCUUCCAUUAUUGGAAACUAUUCAUCUGGAUUGUGAAUAAUUACUUGUAGUCAAAAGUGAAUGCAUUUUUGUUUCAAGUGCCCCAGAUAGUGCGUUAUUGAUAUAUGUAUGUAUGGUAUCUGUCUGCGAUUGAUUGUGAAGAUGAUUUGGAUGUCUAUUUUUAUAUCAUUUAAUUAUUUCAAUGCAGUCAGAUAAUUUUAUUAUUCAAAUAAAUGUUGGAUGAUGCAGAAUUAAGCCUUAUAAUGUGCCUAGUCAUCACAUAAAUUUGAAUUGCUGAUUCCAGAUAAUUUCCUACAAAAUUGAAUCUGUUAUUAUGGGUGUUAUGAAGGUAAGAUUUGAGUGUUGAAGGCUGCAAAAGAUAUUUUGUCAUUGAUGACAAUAUCUAAAAACGAUAAUUAUCUAGUAAUAUCAACUUCUGUUCCUCUUCAUUUCUAUUUUCUUCCUGAAACUUCUCUGCAAGAAAACAUAAUGUAAAAGUAGCCCUUGAAAUUUAAUUAAUAAGAAAUGUUUCUUUACUUAAAGAAUGCAGUAUAUUUUACACCAAACAUAAAAGGUAACGUUUAAGAGGUCCCCCCCCCCAUUUGCAUUACCGUAAUAUUUAAUAAACAUUCCUUCAGUUCUUUGAAUUGUUUGAUAAACUUUGCUUUUUUUUAAAUUAGCACAUAUUGAAACUUUGAAAAUUUAAUCAAGUCCUUUAUUUUGGGAUAAUAAAUUCUCUGAUGUAUAAAUGUAAUGCUAUUAUUUAUAUAUUAUUUUCAAUCAAAUAAAAUUCAAACAUCUGGCAUAUGUGAUAAGCUUUAAAUAUAUGCCUUAAUUUCAUUAUUUUGUAUUUGCUUUGAAAAGCUUUCUAUGAAAAACAGGUCAUGUAUUUCAAAACUGUUCAUUGGCAUUCAUUUUUAAGCAUUUUAAGAGGUUUGAAGAUUUUUGCUUUUAAUGUCCAAACAUAGAUGUUCAUUUUAUUAAAAAAUGUACGUGGCUUUAUUCAUAAUAAUUUUUUGUUGUAAAUAUUGUGAAGUAUUAUAAUUUACUAAUAAAUUUAAUUAUUUGUUUUAGAUCAGUGGUUCUCAAAUUUUUCUUUAUUAUUUUGCCGGAGAUACCCUCAAAGUCAAAUUUCUCUGGGAUUAUUUAAAAAAAAAAAACCUCUGUGUAGCAAAAAUUUGAGAUAGUUUUAAUUGUUUGAUAAAGCAGUUUUGUGGUAAAUUUCCUGCUAGCUGUUUAAAUAAUCAUAUUGUCAUUUUCUCAAUAUUAUCCCUUAAUGAAAAUAAUUGUAAUCUGCUGAUAAUUUUUAUUUAUUUAUUUAUUUUGGUUAAAUAUUUGUUGCAAAGUUUGCUUUUUGAGAGGGAGGGGGAUAAUAUCUUUGAAAGCAAAAUGAAAUAAAUAAAUAAAAUUUAGAAAAGGAAGCUGAACAAAGUUUUUUCAGUUGACAAAUUUUAAUCAUAUUUCUGAAAAUUUUCCAAAUUUAAUUAAUUCCUGCAUCUCUUUCUCAGGUCUAAUGUGAAUGGAAAUAACAUUGGGAAAGAAGUUAUAGAUAUAAAAGCAGGCUAGUUUAAGAGUUAAUGGUACAACACUGGGAGUACACUCUGAGAACCACUGUUUUAACUCGUAGGUUUCUGAGAUAGUCAUUUUCAAUAACAUAAAAUUAUAAAUGUAAUUUAUUAUGAAACUUGUACUGAGACACUGCUAGAUUUUAUUUUAACUGCAGAAUUUUUAAGUAUGAAAUUAUUUCAGUAAUUUCAGUGCAAGUAGUAAAUUGGUAAAUAGCUUUGAAUUAAAUUUAUAUAUUUAUAUUAUUAUUAUCAUAAGAGUUAUGAAUUUCAUUUAAAAAGAGUCUUUAGAAUUAAAUAUUUGUCAAAAGUAUUGUCCUUUUUAAGUUUUUAAAUAAAGUAUUUUAUACCUGACAGAAUCUCAUUAAUUAAUUGUAAGAUUCACUUUUGAAUACAUAAUUUCCAUUUUACAAUCUUUAUUAAAAUUGCUGUCUUUUUUAGCAUUCAGAUUAACUGUGUAUGGUAAAAUUUUUGAAUGAGAAGUUUAAUUCUGUCUUUGUGAUAUUUAAAAAUUAAAAUCUCAAUGCAUUGAGUUUCUUUAUUAUUAUUAAUAACUCUAAGAGGCUGUUUUUAUUUUUAUUCUUCAUUGUAUGAAAGAUACUUCGUAUGUAUUCUGAUCUAUUUUCUUUGUCAUAAAAUUCAAUGUUUUGUAGGAAAAUUGGGAAGGAUUAAAUAAGUAAUUUUUAAUGCAAAUUAUUACUGAUUUAAUACAGUAAUAAAAAUAUUUUACUCAAUAUAAUUUUGAAUGACUGUUCUAGAAAACUCAUUUAGUUAUCUUAUGAAUUAAAUGCAUAGUUAUGUAGUCUGAGGUUUGUUUUAUGUUAAAGUGAUAUUUUAGCUUUUAUGUUCAGCUGCAAAUGCAGGUUUUUUAAGUGCUUUCAUUUUUGUUUCAGUGUGAAAUGUUUAAAUUGUUAUGAAUAAUGUGCAUGUAACUUUUCAAAAUGUUUGUUAUUUAUUAAUGUUCUUUGCAAUCUAGUUUAAAUGUUUAGUCAAGUUAUUUUUAAUAUUUAUGCGUGCUAAAUUCUUAUCCAAAAAUUUAAAGUUGCUGUUUGUGUUUCAUUUUGUUUUUUAAACAUGUGAUUAAUAUUUAAAGGUAAAAUUCUUGAUCUGCUAUAAUAAAUCUUUACUACAGGAUUUAUUACGUUAGAAUUAGUUUGUUUGCGUUCAGUAGAAUUUUAAUGAAAAAUUAAUUUGUACAUUGUAAUUCUUCUGAAUGCAAACUGUGUAUGCAGAGUUUAUUUGUGUUUAUCAGUAAUGAAUUAUUGUGUGGAUUUUUUUUCCAGUUUAUUAUUUUACUGUGCAUUUAUGUAAGCUAUUAUAUUGAACAUUGGUAUCUCUAUAGUAGCAUGUAAUUUACAUAAAUUAAAUUUAACUUUUUCUUAUAUGAAUACCUCAUAUAUCAUCCUAUAUGAAUAUUUUGGAAGUAUAGGUAAAAAAUAUUUCAUUCAUAUUUACAGUCUUUAAUGAAAUCCAGAUUUUUGAUGAGUGUAUUUAUAAUUAUUUAUAGUUGCAGUGUUUGAAUAAUGUAGUUUCAGCUGUAACAUUCCUGAACCAUCAAUUCUGGCAGAACUCAUUGCAUUGAUUUAAGUAAAUGAUUAGAAUAGCAGAUCAUAAAAGUUUACAAAACUGUCCUUAUUUAUAAAGUGAAAAGAAUUUUGAAAGUAAUUGCAAUUUUUUUAAUGUAGUGAUAUAUAUAUAUAUAUAUAUUUUUUAAUUUGUAUUAUUGGGCAGCAGUG